GCCGAAACAGCAAGUCACACUGAGUACGAGUACAACAGCUGGAAACUGGUACGAGGCUGGUCCCCGUACUGUACGGGGAGCCGGUAUAAGUAUGGGUGACACGUACGGUACCAGGGGCAUUUCUGCAAAGGCCCCGAGGGCAGAACUGAAAAAUGCGCUAUUUGAAAGUGGCGCCCGAAUUGCAGCAUGGCGCCAGUUGUCCAGAAUCCUACGAGGGAAAGUUGUGCAUAUUGAUGUUGGCCUCACCUGCCAACUGAUCCCUGAGAGGCAAAGGAAAACAUCUCAGGGCUUGCAGCAAGAAGCUUCUGCCUCGAGUACUGGAGUGCUUUGUGUGAAGCCAAACGACCAUUUGUCCAAUAUUGUCUCUGUGAAUGACAUGGAGAUUCUUGUUGAUGUCAUGCGACGGCCUGGAAGUCUGAAGCUUUUCUCGCCAAAGAGCCUGGCUAUGUAUCAUCUUUCGGGUUUUGGCGAUUGCGACAAUAGUGGGGACUACGAUUCGGGUGAUUUCAAUAUGGACCUAAACAGCCCUGGGUUCCCAUUCAACACAGAGAAAGCCUUCUGGGAAAGGCAGAGGCCAGGAUUACGGCCAGCAGCACAGUCACCAUUGCCGUUGACGGCGAUGUCAGGCCCCUUUCCGGUACAAGCUGGCACACAACCAAGUGGUACGUCUGCAGCAGGCGCACAGACUGUUGCUUCUACUUCGUUUGGUCCAGCGGCUGGAGCUACACCACAGCCGCAACAAUUUGUUCCACCUCAGGGACAGCAGCAAAGUCCAUGGUACCCAAAGACCCCGAUGAAGCCACCCCUUGCCUUCUCCAGUGAGAAGAAGGACGAGGAACUCAACACUUGGUUAAGGACGGUUCCGAUGUGGGUAAGGGCAAAGAGGACGAUGCAGGAGGAGGAGGUGAUUAUUCUUGCAUCUUACCUUGAGGGUAAGGCAGCGAAAUGGCUGGAUGGGAUAGUAGCCAAAGUCGGGUUCAGACGACGCAUGGCAGAUUGGGGUAAAACCCUCACUUUAGAAGAGUUCUUGGAUAUGGUAGAAGCUCGCUGGCAUAAUCUGCAGCAUGCACAAACCGCCACUGACGCGAUGCUCAAAUUGGACCAGCGAAGGUACAAGUCUGUCAGAGAGCUGACGUCUACUGUAGAAAACCUCAUCGUCGUUCCCGGCAUACGCUACGAUGACCAGGUCUUAUUGACCAUGUUUCUGAGAUGUCUGCACGAGAAUCUCAGAACCUUACUCGCCAGCGAGGCUCGCCUCGAGUAUCAUUCCUUUGAUACCUUCUCUAGAAAGGCCUUAGACUUAGAGGCUACUCUAGGAAGUGUUCAACCUACUCUAGUAGACGGGAGGAAGAAGAAGAGUCCACAGGAAUGGAAAAAGAAGGGUAGUAGAUUGAUGAUGGUUGAGCGGAUUGGGUCAAGGCAGGUCUUGAUCAAGAAGUGUGGCGGGACCGGCGAGUGCGUGGUGCUUGCAUCAACUGUGGAGCGCAUGGUUGUCUCAGACUACGUCAAAGAUGUAGUCUGCACCUUAUCCUAUGGAGGAGGGGAACUGAAUCAUAAGAUUCCGUUCCUGGUUAGCGACGACUUACCAUUUGAUAUGUUGUUAGGAAUGUACUACCUUGAGGUUGCCAAGCCCCAAUUCGACUGGGACAAGAAGGUGCUCAAGCAUGAGUUGCCUGAUUGGAGGACUGUGAGACUGGCCAAGCUGGGAUUGAAAGAUGUUCCAUCUUGGGAGAAUUUAUGCAGUUUAUUUUUAGGUGAAUGCCAUGAUGCAACUGGACAUUUCUUCUACAAAAAGACCAGUGCCAAUUUAGUACAACGAUUUUGGUGUCCCGGUAUGCUAGAUGAUGCAAAGAAGUAUGUGCAGACCUGCCAGGUCUGUCAGCGGGACAAGCCGCGAACUCAAGCACCGCUUGGGUUGUUGAAGCCCUUGCCCAUUCUCGCUGGACCAGGACAGAGUGUUUCCAUGGAUUUCAUGGACACUCUGGUAACCAGCAGGAGUGGCAAGAGGCACAUCUUUGUCAUCAUAGACAGAUUCACCAAGUACACUAGACUGAUUGCCAUGCCAGAGACUACGAGGACUGAGCACGUCAUCAAGUUGUUUAUGGACAACUGGGUGCGUGAUUUUGGAUUGCCAAAGUCAAUCGUUAGUGACAGAGAUGUGCGCUUCACAAGUCGAGCUCUGGAAGAAGACUGCUGAGCAAAUGGGCAGUCAACUUCAGAUGACUUCUGGGAAUCAUUCCGAAGCCAACGGACAGGCCGAACAGAUGAACAGAGUUGUGCAACAUCUGCUGAGGCAUUACAUUAAGCCCAGCCAAGAUGACUGGGAUGAGACAUUGCCUCUCAUCGCCAGCCUGUACAACAACGCUGUGCACAGUACAACCGGCGUUAGUCCUAAUCAGCGGCACUUGGGAUGGAAGCCUAGAUCCGCUCUAGACUUCCUCCUGCCUGAAAACCGACCUGCUGCAACACGUGGCACCUUGGAAUACGGGGUGCAGUAUGAGAAGUUGUUGCAGCAAGCUGUCGAGCACAUCAAUGAUUGCUUCUGAGAACAAACAUCGUCGACCGUC